AUUAGUCUUUAAAUUUUAAUGUAUUAUGUUUAAACGAUAUUCACGACAAUGCGUAUCAUUAUUUUAUGACUAUUCAAUAAACUAAUGUACAAUAAUUUCAAAUUUAAUAGGUGCACGAUGAAAUUCGUCUCUUUAACUUUACUGUUUUCGUACAUUUAUGUUUCUCGUAAAAAUGGUGUUGCUUGAAAUACUUUAAUAUUUUUAUUAAUUUACAGCCAAAUAAUUUCACCAAAGGAUUUGGGUUAUAUAAAGCAGGUCGCUACUACACUCAAUCGUGUAGCUUCCUGGCCUGUGCUCGAGUCAAAGAAUAAGAAAUAUACCUUUCAUGUCAAAUGGAACAUAACUUGUUUUCUAUUUACGAGCAUUGCAUGUAUUCUUCAGGUCUGGUAUAUAAGAUGUAACAUAAACACAAUCAGUUUCGUCAUAAUGGGCCACAAUUAUAUAACACUGGCAAUGAAUAUCAUUUGUCUGCAAAGACUCGCAAUGCCAUGGAUGGCUGAAUAUCGGCAAGUGAUCAAAGAAUUCUUGAAAAACAUUCACCUCUUUCAUCAAAAGGAUAAAUCUGAAUAUGCAAACAAGAUUUAUAAAAACGUCGAAAAAAUCUGCUAUAUCUUUACGUUAUUUGUACACAUUCAACUGUACUUCGGAAUCCUGUUAUUUAAUGUAACUCCUACGUAUAAGAACUUCAGAGCGGGCAUGUAUGGGUCUAAUAAACCUGUUAAUGCUACUUACGAGACAGCAGUAUACAUUUAUCUCCCUUUUGAUUAUGUUACUGAUAUAAAAGGACACAUCUUUGUAAGUUUUAUGGGCUGGUUUUUAACAUGCAUCUGUUCCACUAGUUUCUGUUUAUGGCAUCUACUUCUUUCUUUGAUGGUGUUUCAUUUAUGGGGUAAUUUGAAAAUUUUGGAACACAACAUAUACAAUUUCCCUAAACCUGCUAAUCAUCAGAUGAAGAGAAUCGGAAUUUCAUGGUAUACGGAAGAGGAGUCUAAAAAGAUAUCAACAUUAAUCGUGGAACUUGUGAAUCAUCACAGGAAUAUAAUGGACUUUAUAUCAAAGACCUCGAGCGCAUACAGCUUUUUUCUACUCUUAAAUUUCUCAUUCUAUCAAAUAGUGGGUUGUAUUAUUUUAUUGAAAUGCUCUACCUUGAACUCCGAAGCACUAGGAAAUUAUGCACCUCUAACAGUUGUAUUAUUUCAGCAAUUGAUACAAAUAUCUGUCAUAUUUGAACUUCUUGGCUCUCAGAGUGAAAAAAUUAUCGAUGCAGUGUAUGGUUUACCCUGGGAGUGUAUGAAAUUGAAAGAGAGAAAACUCGUUUUAUUCUUCUUACAAAACGUCCAAGAGCCAAUACACCCGAAGGCUUGUGGCAUGAUCCCAGUUGGGGUUCAAACUAUGGCUGCGAUUUUGAAGGCGUGCUUUUCAUAUUAUAUUAUGCUUCGCACUGUGACUACUACUGAAGAAAUGACAUGAAGUUAAAAGUAGUAUCACCUAAAUUGAGAUUUGGAUUACCUAAAUUGAGAUUGAGAUUUAGAUUCUUUUCUCAUGCACAUUUUGCGUUAUAAUAAAUCUACCUUUAAAUCAUCACGUUAAAUUCACUCGUGUCCAAGUUCUAAGGGCGCAUCUACUUUUGCGUGUGAGACGCGUAUAUAAACGGUGGGCUCGUGGCUCGGCUCGCCGCUCGCUGGGCUCGCGGCCAGAGCGGUUUUUUGGCCACGAGUCAAGGGGGCUCGCGGGGGACGCGCGCUUGCUGUUUAUAUUCGCGUUCGGCUGUUUAUUUGUUAUUUGUGUGUACAAACCUUAUACCGUGCCGCCUGAGUUUAAAAUUGAUUAGCUCGACGAGCUUAGGGGCUGUGGCCGAGACAGGAGACGAGCCGGGAGCCGAACCACGAGGCGAGAGUGUGUACAUUAUAGCUCGAGGAGUUUACAAGCUGUGGCCGAGACACGAGCCGAGCCGCGAGCCGAGCUAUGAGCCGCGAAUGUAAAUCCGCGGUAAAAUCGUCCACGAAGAAGGCCCCACUAUUUUUUGAUUGAGGGAUGGCGGGGUUCGGGGGGCUUGACAAGAACGUCAGUCUUGAGCGGUCAGCCGCUCGAUGCUCACGUGUAGUGAAUUGAUGUCCACGUUACACAGACUAGUCGUGAAUGUUGCUCCACUUCAUAUUUUUCAAAUAUUAACAUAAAAUACCGAAGUGUAAUCGAAUAUAUCACAAAAAAAAUUAUAAAUCAAAUCCCAUCCCAUCUCUAUUGAGUUAAUGAAUGGACGAAUGAGUAGUAUGAAUGACUGUCAAAAUACCUUCGAAAGCAAAAUGCCACAUAAUAUAUGUUAUGAAUAUCGUAUGAAGAUAAAACUUUUUAACUUAAUAAGGUACAAACACAUUCUCAGAAAAAUCGGUUGUCAUUUUUACUGCGUAAUUACAAUCAAUAAAUCAAUCAGAGCGCAAGAUCGCACGUAUAAGUGUCUAUGUGUGAGUAGGUGUUAUGCGUACAAUAUUGUAAUUGUAGUUGAAAUGCACACAUUUUUAACUGUGGCGACAUCCGUCCCGAUACUAACUGACUAUUACAGCGGAUCGAUAUAUAUCUAUGAUUGCACACUUAUACUUUAAGCGAUUAGGAAGAAGAGUGGGGCACGUCAUCGUGGUUAACACGAUUAUAAUAAUAAAAAAUAGACAUAUAUUAUUUGCAACGCCUAGGGAAGGUAGCUAUAUAUCUGAUUAGGCUAGCAUCACUUUUCAGUUCACCAAUUUCACCGAGCGAUAUCAGGGGAGAAACAGUUUAUUUUAGUACUCUUAUCCCAAAACACUUGGCCUGAUGUUAAGCUAAAAAAAAACCCUGUAUAUAGGUUUCUACAUUUCUGUUCAAUAUUACCGUCAUUUAAACGGCAGUUUAGUUAAUACUUAAUAACUUAAGCAAUUUGAGAAAUUGAACUACUUUAGUUCUUGACCUAAAGUUGGAAAUGACAUUUUGUUCAAAAUGUUCAGUACAUGAUGAUUUUUUUAAAGACAGUUAAGAAAGAGUAUAUCUGAACGUGAAUAAAUAGAGUACUUAAUAUUCAAAAUAAUGUACGUUCUUUUUUAUUUAAACGCAAUGCAUGUCGGUGGUGUAUUAUGUACUCGUAUUAUGUAACCUGAAAACCUAUGAAAUGUACCCGGCUGGUUACAUAA